UUUGAUUUUCUCGUCGUAUCUCCGGGGACAGAAGGUGGCAGAGAAGCAGAGGCGUCUUCCUUGGCAAGUUAGGAAUAAUGGGUCGAAUGCACAGUCGUGGUAAGGGUAUCUCUGCUUCUGCUCUUCCUUACAAGAGAACACCGCCGAGCUGGUUGAAGAUCUCUUCCCAGGAUGUUGAAGAAAACAUCUGCAAGUUUGCCAAGAAGGGUUUAACGCCAUCCCAAAUUGGUGUUAUUCUUCGUGACUCUCACGGUAUUGCCCAGGUGAAGAGUGUGACUGGUAAUAAGAUCUUGCGUAUUCUGAAGGCCCAUGGUCUUGCUCCUGAAAUACCGGAGGAUCUCUACCACCUCAUCAAGAAGGCUGUCUCAAUUCGUAAGCAUUUGGAGAGGAAUAGGAAGGACAAAGACUCCAAGUUUAGGUUAAUUUUGGUAGAGAGCAGGAUUCAUCGCCUAGCUCGUUACUAUAAGAAAACAAAGAAGCUUCCUCCUGUAUGGAAAUAUGAGUCCACAACUGCCAGCACGCUUGUUGCUUAAAUUGAGAUGAUUGGUGAAAGUAUUGGUUACCCUAAAUAGUGUUUUCUGCCAGUUUUAAUGACAAAUUUUGUUUUUGAUGCUUGGCAUAUUUUGCUCCUCAGUGAAACUAUUGAGGUUUAUGUGAUGGAACCUCACUGUUUUUCCUGUUGGUAACUUUUAUGGUUGGUUUUGUUUGCUAUCUAGCUAGUUAGCUGCAUGCAUUUUGUAUAAUUUCUUUAUGGUUCUGAGUUUGUUGACUAAUUGAGGACCGGGUUAAGAAAAAUAGGAAAAAUUAAACAUUUGGUUUUUAAAA